CACAAUCAUACUUGGGAGAGGGCCACAACGACACGUUUCAAGCUCUCCGCAACUGUAUUCUUCCCCGUUUGGGGGCGGUCAGCUUGCCGAAGUUCUUCCUAGAUGCUAGAUACAUCCUGGUCUGAAUGCCGGUGUAGCGUAAGAGUCUGUCGCGGAGUAGCCUUUAUUUGAGAUGACCAUUAUGGCUUUUAGAAGGCUGCUGUUUCUUGGUUUCCGUUGGGCUCUUAAAGUCCAGCACAGUGAGAAGAUUGGAAAUAUGCUAUUCACAUCAAGUAUUCUACCAAGCAGAAGAAUCAUGCUAAUGGAAACUAAGAAAUUAAGCAGUCUUCAUGCUGUGGUAGAUCCUUAAAGAAAAAUGUUAAUGGAUCAACCAGAGAAGUUGCUGUCUUACAAUGGGGAGCUUCUUAUUUUCCAGUUAUCAAAAGAAAAAUCCUCAGAGAGCAGAAACACCAAAUUAUGUGUCAGAAGAAUGAUAUUCAGAAGUGAUACCAAACUGUUUGUUGAGAAGAACAUUGGAUCAUUUAGCAUGUGUGGAGAAGGUGUUGAAAUAAUUCACUGCAGUUGUGUAUCUGACUUCAGAACAGGAAUAAUUCUUCCUUGUAUUCUAAUGAAAAAGAUAAAAAAGAAGAAUAUUAAGUAUAUUUUACUGCUGCUUCAUAACUUUAACAAAUUUGAAUUUGUCUUGAAUUUUAAACUAGACUAUGAACUGAAAGAACCCAUAAAGCUACUUGAUGGUCCAACAGUCUUAUGGGGCUGUGCCAAAAAAAUAUUUUAUAUUUCUGCUCAGACUUGCACUGUCUUAUGUGCACCUAUUGAAUUUUCUUCCAUUAAAUGGGUGGGUCAGGUUAGAAGUGAGGGUAUUGUUGUUUUGGGAACAAGAGCUCCUUAUUUGUCAGAGGCAGAUGAUGGGAAAAGUGUUGCCGAAUCAGAGGCAGUCAUCUGGGGUAGUGAGUGUCUUGCUUAUGCUGUGGAGAAACAGAAAGUCCUAACUGGUGCCAGUUUUUUGCCUCAUGCUUACAGCAGCAUGGUGUCUUGUGUACAUAUCUGCAGAGCUGAGGCAGUGAGAAACACAUUAAGGACAUCUGCUGUUGCAGUCACAUGCAAAAGCCAGUUGAUAGUCUUUCAAGACGGUCUACCCAAAGAUGUCUACAAGCUUCCAUAUGACAAACCCUGUUCCAUACAAAUAGCUAUAGUAGAAGGAGGUCAAGAGCUGGUGGUUGUGUCAUUCUCUUCAGGAGAGGUGUGUUCUGUAUGGAAAGACAGCUUGCAGGUUGCUGCUUGCUGGCAAAAUGUGAGCUCUGUUCUGACAGAUGACUUUGUUGGCGUUGGAACUGAUCAAGUAUUAGCGUUUCCAAAGACUGAGUCUAUUUCAGAAAAAUUAACUACAUUUCAAAUUACAGACUUUGGAAAAUAUAAUUAUGUGAGUAACAUCAGCUGUCAUGAUUUAUUUUCUACAAAAGAAGUAGAAGAGAAUCGUUUUUUUACCAUCAAAGCACUUGAAGCACGAUUACAGGUUGGCUUCACUUCUGUUCAUGAGCUGCAGCGGCAUUUAAAGCUCAAAGAGAAAGUUCUGAUGAAAAGUUGUGCAGCAUUAAUAAACCUAGUUCAAGGUCAAAAACAGAGUUUUCCAAGCUCAGAAAAGGAAGGACUUGUUUCUCUUUGGGAUGAAACUCCGAAGCCUUUUGAUAAUGGCAUAUCAACCCCACCUAAAGACCCAGAACAAUUUGUAGAGGAGGUUUGGUACCAUGUAGUGGAUGACUGCUUAGUGGUUGGAGUAAAACUAAUGGAAUCAUUUGACUCGCAACUCUGUGAUGUCACCUUAUCACUAGUAAUGGAUCAUAAAUACCCUUCAUUCUUUCCAACUAAGUGCCGGUGCAGUGUCUUUAUGUUGAAGAAAGUCCUGCUAGCAGAGUCCGCAUCACACUGGCAACCACAACCAGUACCUAAAAGGAUAAAGCUAAAUUACUAUAGUGGAAAAGGGGGAUAUGGAGAACCUUCUCAAAUAAAGGCAGUUGGGACAAAAGUUUUCACUGCAGUUACUGCUCUUUCUCCUUUUUUGGCAUUCCAUCAAGUGUGGUGUAGGGUCCUGUUGCAUGCAAAGGAAAAAAAUUGCAAGGAUGAAAAUUUCCAGAAAAACAAAGCACGAACUUUAUUAUGUGGGAGAAUUUUCUUAAGCAUGGAGGCAAUUUCCACUGGAAAACACUCAGUAAACCUUAAAAAUUUCAGAUAUGCAGGCUCUGUGAAAGAUAUUGUUGCUCUUUGUGCAGCAUCGCACAAACUGUCCUUUCAAAUAAUCUCCCCUGACUGCAUGCUGACUCGUGUGAACACAUGGCUAUUGGAACAAAUGGAGUGUACACCAGUUGAAGAAUAUCCUGAUUUUAAAUUCUGCUGUAAAUAUGGAAAUCUGAAUGGUACACUCUUCAACUGGAAUCUAGAAACACCGUUUGAAGGAACUCUAACAGUCUUUUGCAGACACCAAACUGCCUUGUUCCAGUGUCUUCAUAGCCUCUUUGGAUUGUUACCAUCAGCUUGUAAGAUAAAACCCUUGAGAUUAAGAAGCAAGAAAGUACUUGUCGAACAGCUUGCAUUAGCUUUAGAAAAGGAAAUGGUUUCUCUCCAGCUUUCCCUUUCCUCUGCUUUAUGCAAAACUGAAAACAACUUACCUCUAGAUGAUGAAGAAAGUAAAGAAACAGACAGUGUCCCUGCAGUGCAACAAUUCAGAGAAGCAUUUAAAAAGGAGCAAAAACAAAGCGUCGUGGAUACAAACCGAACAGUGGAUGGUACCAUCUACAGAAGACUUAUCUUGAAUGUAGCUGAAGCUCAGCUGAAUUCUGACCCAAUCGCAUGGCAAUGCUCUUCUUUCUAACUGUAUUUUCAGUAAUUUUUUUAUAAUGAAAAAGUACAUAGUGAUUCUUCUUAUGCAUAAUUUCAUUUUAUGAUGCAAAUGAGCUCUGUAAGUGUUGUAAUGUCUAUUUAGGGAGUGCUUGAUUGCAAGGGAAUUCUUUUGCUAAUAUUCACAAGACUAUGGCAAACAUCUGUUUGAGUUAUGCAAAAGUAUACUUGCUGCUAUAAGUACUUCUUUAAUAUUUUGUACCCCCCUGCUAUGUUUGGUAUCUCACUUAAAACAGACUGGGAGUCUUUGAAAUGGGAAGGGAGAGGAAGGGGUCUGUCAAAACCUUCAUAAAUACCAUUGUUUGACAGCCCUUACACUUAACUGUAGCCUGUUUUACAAGUCUGCAAUGGCACACUAGAUGAAGUGGUACACACUUUGUUCACUCUGUUGUAGCCAAAGCAUCUUCUGAAGGCCACCGCACAGUACACCAAGGGUACCACACAGUUAGAAAAAUCACCCUACUGUAGGUAUUUACAAUAGGAUGCAUACUGUAUUUCUGUAUGCAAUGGCAUGCGCUCAGGACAAACUGCUGUGGCUUUAUUUUUCUGUCUGCACAAAAAUGUAAUGUAUUGGGAUAAUUUGUCACAGCAAAAAUAAUCUAUUGUUUGAAAUUAGUGAAGUUCGCUGUGAAUGUAGUCUCGGCUACUAAAUGCUGUGGGUGGCUGCUGGCAUUAUAUAUGGGUAGGCUGAAUGGAGCCCUCUAGCUGAAACUUACGGAACUAUUGAAUAAAGGUACCAAACACCCCCCUCCAUGCAAUAUAGAUGUAUUUUUCUUAUGAAAUUACAAGUUAUCAACAUAACUGCCUCUAUCUUAAUGUUGAUUUUUUUUUAAUUCUGAAUUCUUAUUCUUUAUUUUUUAACUGUCAAAAUGUUAAUUGCACUUAAUCAUGCUAUGACUACAGCAGGAGAGUCCUUUACUCUGCUGCUGCAUCUUGCUAUAGGCAAAUACAUUUCAAAAUGUCAUUGGGAUGCCAAUAUUUAUUAGUUGGUCUUUAGCCAAACCUACCUCACAGGGUUGUUACGAAGCUUGUAAAGUACUUUUUAUAUGGUAAAGUGCAUACAACUGAUGGUUGGAUUUACUGGCAAGUUUCACAAAUACGUUUCUCAGACUCAAGAUUUAUGCAUUUAUUAAAGACCCAAUUUAAGUGACAA